AUGGCACAGUACAAUUUAAUUGAGGAAAAUAUCACGGCUGUCCCAGACAGCUGGUUUCAAGCACGUCUUGACCGCGUCUCCAGCGAAGACCCAGCGCUCCAAAGCCUCCUGGCCUCCGAAGUUGAAGCCCUGAAGUCAUUCCAUAAUUGCUCCCUCUCGACAGACGACGCAGCCAAGUCCAUCACGCGACCAAUCACAGACUCUCCGGUACCACAAUUAGGCACCUAUUCGGAUGAGUCGAGAGCGCUUGGCCAUCUCUGGGCCUUGCUUAUAGAGGCGCUGAUAGAAUGGCCAUCCAGCCAAACACCCUCCCUCGUCGCGUUGCUGAAGGCGAUCAAAAAGAGCCCGGGCAACAUCCACCGGGGAGAGGCGACAGAUGACGAGGAGAAGCCCUUGUCAUGGGGCAACCUGCCCUACUUCACCCGGGUCUGGUCCGACAACCACUGGAUGUCGCCGGGGCAGAUCGCGCGGCGUUGCCCCAAGGAUGCGGCCCGGCACCAUGCGCGUGAACAGUACGUCAAGCAGCAAGACGUAGAGGCACGGCUAGUUGCCGCACAGCUUUUCGCAGAAGGACCGCUGACGUUCCCGCGAGCGUUGCAAUAUGUGGCGCGAACGCUCGAGCGGACAGCUGGGCCCGAUGACAGUGAAGACGCCCCAGACGAUGCCUCGGCUGACGGACAGUUAAGACUGGACUUCCGGGUCCCGGCCACUGCUCGCUGGAUGCAGCAUUGUGGGCAGAGAUUGCACGACAUCCUGCGUGAAAACGAGAUCGCUUGGUGGGAUCUGCGGAGCAUCCCGGGCUCACCUAUGACGUUUGAUGAUUCAUACGGACAUUGGAAGUUCUGGGAAAAGAAAUUACUCGCCUUGAGCAAAGAAGAACAGGACCAGGCUAUCAAGGAGGCAGCUGAAAGUGCUGUGGGACACAUGAGAGCAAGUGUCAACGGCUAG